ACACCUUCCCCUGCCGGGAGUCCUUGGAGGCUGCUGAUUGGAGGAACUUGUUUCCAUAAUGACUGGCUGUCGGUGCCUACAGGGAGUUGUUUGCAGGGAGUUGGAGAGCAGAUGACAGAGUGGCCGCCUCCCUCCCUCUGUGUCACUCACUUCUACCCCAAGUCUCUGCUGAUGCCCCUCUGAUUGUCUCUGCACAACAGCAACUCCCUGCACAACAGCAACUCCCUGCACCCUCCCAUGGGCUGAGGCUCCUGUCUUUGCUUCAUCCACAUCAUGGAACAUUUAACUCAAGCCAACUGGAGGGAGAUUGUUAACAAGAAGCUGAAGUUCCCUGUUAAUCUGGUCAAUGCCAUCCAUGAUGGAAGCCUCCUACACGUACAACAGCUGCUGCAGGUGGGUGAUGGAAUGCUGCGCCAAUUGGAUGACACAGAAGACCGGUCAUGGCGAGAGGCCCUCAACCUGGCCAUCCGCACGGGGAACGAGGAGAUCAUGAAGACCCUACUGCAUUGUGUGAAGUUUGAUUUCCGGCAGAUCCAUGAGGCCCUUCUGGUGGCAGUAGAUACCAACCAACCCCAUGUGGUCAAGAUGUUACUGGAUCGGCUGGAUCAGGAGAAAGGGAGUAAGAUGGACAUCAAGUCCUUCUCUAUGGCCUUUUUUGACAACUCCAUUGACAACUCCCGUUUUGCCCCUGGGGUGACCCCGCUGACUUUGGCUUGUGAAAAGGAUCUGUAUGAGAUUGUGGAGAUGCUGAUGAAGAAGGGUCAUGUCAUCACAACCCCGCACAAGAUUUCAUGCACGUGUAUGGAGUGCAGCAAUGGGCGCAAGUAUGAUCUCCUCAAAUUCUCUCUUUCCCGCAUCAACACCUACAAGGGUAUUGCCAGCAGGGCUUACCUGUCCAUUGCCAGUGAGGAUGCCAUGCUAAGUGCCUUCAAACUGAGCCGCGAGCUGAAGCGCCUUUCUAGGAAGGAACCUGAGUUUAAGCCAGAAUACCUGAGCCUGGAGAACCUGAGCCAGGAGUUUGCUGUGGAACUUCUGGGCAUGUGCAGGAACCAGAGUGAGGUGACGGCGGUGCUGAAUGACUUGGGAGAUGACAGUGAUGAAGAGGAGUUGGACAAUCAGGCCUUUGAGGAGGGGAUCCCUAACUUGGCCCGACUUCGUCUCGCUGUCCAUCACAACCAAAAGAGGUUUGUGGCACACCCCAUCUGCCAGCAGGUCCUCUCCUCCAUCUGGAGUGGGAAGCUUUCUGGCUGGAGGGGCAGCAACACCAUCUGGAAAAUCUUCAUUGCUUGCACCAUCUUUAUAUCGAUGCCCCUCCUGUGCAUGGUGUACUGGCUGGCACCCAAAUCCAAGAUUGGGAAAAUACUAAAAAUCCCAGUAAUUAAGUUCCUUCUUCACUCGGCUUCGUAUCUGUGGUUCCUCAUCUUCCUCUUGCUGGAGUCUAUUAUCAUGGAGCAGAGACAUGACAUCUACGAGGGCAGGAACCAGGCCAUCUGGCAGAACUCCUUGCACAUGAUCUGGGUGACAGGUUUCCUAUGGCACGAGUGCAAGGAGGUCUGGAUUGAAGGACUGCGCAGUUACUUCUUGGACUGGUGGAACUUCUUGGACAUUGUGACCAUUAGUAUGUAUCUGGCCUCCUUCUCCCUCAGGAUCUUGGUGUUUGUGAAGGGCUACCUGGCCUGCCUGGAACUCCCCGACUCCGACCUCUGUUUCUACUUCACCAAAUCAGAAAGGAAUGAGUGGAACACAGAAGACCCCCAGUUCAUUGCUGAGGUUCUGUUUGCCGUGACCAGUAUGCUCAGCUUCACUCGCCUGGCCUACAUCCUACCUGCCCACGAGACUCUGGGGACUCUACAGAUUUCUAUUGGCAAAAUGAUUGAUGAUAUGAUACGGUUCAUGUUUAUCCUGAUGAUUAUUCUCACUGCCUUUCUGUGUGGCCUCAACAACAUCUACGUGAAUUACCCCGAGUCCCAGACGCUGGGAAACUUCAAUGAGACCUUCCAGUUCCUGUUCUGGACAAUGUUCCAGAUGGUGGACAGGACUACGGUGGACAUGAAUCACUAUACUGUGGCUGAAUUUGUGGGUCGGGCUCUGUAUGGACUAUUCACCAUCAUCAUGGUCAUUGUGCUGCUCAACAUGCUCAUAGCCAUGAUCACCAACUCCUUCCAGAAGAUCGAGGAUGAUGCCGACGUGGAAUGGAAAUUUGCCCGCUCAAAGCUGUAUCUUUCCUACUUCAGAGAAGGUCUGACUCUCCCAGUGCCUUUUAACAUCAUCCCCACACCUAAAUCCCUCUUCUACAUCAUAAGGAGAGCGUGCAGAUUUAUAUGCUGUUCCAAACCCAAGAAAAGGCAAGAUUAUCCCCCAAUCGCCACCAUUUCCAACAGAGAAGUGGAUGGAGGAAUAUCUGCUGGAGAGAGCCGGGCAUUGUACCGCCUGCAGGUGAUAAAGGCCUUGGUGCAGAGAUACAUAGACACCGCCAGGAGGGAGUUUGAGGAGAGCAGGAGGAAAGAUCUGGGCAACCGCAUCACUGAGCUGAACAAGAACGUGAUCCGCCUUCAGUCAGAAGUGAAGAACCUGAGACGUUCGGUGGUGGACAGCACUGGGUCUGGCACAAACAAGAGCAAUGAGAACGUGCUGAGCCAGUACAUCAUGAAGGUGAAGGGCAGCUUCCAAAGCUACGACCAAGUGUCCAUCAACUCCAGCAAAGAAUCAUCAGAAGUCACCAUCCAUCAGGACAAUGACCAGGGCCUCAUGCCAGACGAUGACUGUCCCCCGUACCCUGAGGAGGUCGUUACCAAUGGAGUGGCAGGGAACGGGGAAGCCAAUCAUCUGGAUGAGAAUGAGGCUAUGUAGGAAACACAUGAUCCAUUAGGUGCAUAGAGAGACCCUGGGGGUGUGGACUUCACUGUGCCGAGGAAAUACCUGGUAAUCUCCAAUAAUCCCAUCCCAUGGCUUGUCCAUGUAUAAAGUAUAUGUUCACUGCUGGAUUUAGGAAUGUCACCAAUAUAGAUUAGGGGUACAUGGGGGGCACCAUCCUUACAGUUUAACAUAACAGAAUGAAUGUUGCAGAAAUUGUCAGUUACACACGUAGCUACAGGUAUUUCCAUUGGGCGUCUCAGCCUUUGUAUUUACUAAACUGCACUCCUUGCACCACCACAUAGGGGCACAUUUAGCAAAGUGUGAAAUUCCCCCCCCCCAUUCCUAUGGAAUUUUUAGAGAUGUAUUUAUGAAAUGGUGAACUCCAACUUCUCUGAAUAAUCCCAUAGAAAUGAAUGGGGGUUACGGGGUAAGAUCUUAUUUCACACUAUAAUAAAUCUGCCACUUAAGGUGAGAAACAAGUUCUAUAAUGUUCAGGCUUUCUAGUUGACCCCCCCAGUGUAAGUGGGGUACAGUGGCCCCGGAUGACACGGAUUCAGUUUGUGACAAUGACAAUUGGUGAUGUUUAAUCUGACGCAAUUAUCAAUGAGCAGUGUUUGACUUGAGAAUAGAUAUCUGUUUGUGUGGGUGGGUAAUGUGGGGUGCCUGUAUGUGUAUAUGUGUGUGUAUAUGUAUAUAUAUAUAAGAGAAAGGUCCCCAUGUGGGACCGAAAUGCCGGAUAAAAUGCUACUUUAUGUGAAAUAAAUCACUAUAUCACUAUUAAAGAACUAAAGCCUAA